AUGUCCGAGUCCAAAGCCCAAGUCACGGAGAUAGAUGUGUUGCCGCCAACUCAGCGUGGCGGCAGGGUUAAGACUCACUUCAAGAAGUGGUGGUGGGUGCACUUGAUCAUCUUCAUUGCCGUGUUCCUCAUCAUCUUGCUGCCGGUAGUCUAUGUGGCCUACCCUAAGAUUGCCCAGCACGAUGUCAACGACUCUACCCUGAACAUCACCAGCAUGGUCAUCAGCAACCCGACGCCCGAAUCAUUCAACCUCAUGCAGACACAAGUCAUUGGCUCGCACAGCUCUUUCCACCCAAAGAUUUACGCCUUUGAAGCCGUUGUCUCACUCCUCGGUGCGGCAUUGCCGUUCGCCACUGUCGAUGUGCCGAGCGUUACCUCCAGUGAUGGAGCGAAGCUCGUCGUCGAGCAGACCGUGGACCUGAGCAACGCCAGUGCAUUCGGCGGAUUCGCGGCGGCAGUGAUGCUCAACGAGGAAGUCUCGUUGAAUAUCUAUGGAAAGCCGGGAUUGAAGGAAGGCGGACUGCCAAAGACGACCGUCACCUAUAACAAGACCGUUACCAUGAAAGGCCUGAACAAGCUCGAUGGCUUCAACGUGACGGAAUUCCACAUCACAAAACUCGGCAGCGGUCAGAACAUGAACGGCACAGUCUUCAUCCCCAAUCCUUCCGUCAUGACGAUCUCUAUGGGCAACGUAACCCUCGACCUCUCCGUCGGAGGCACAUUCAUGGGCCAAUCCUACCUCAACAACCUGACCAUCCAACCAGGCAAUAACUACUUCCCAAUGACCUCAGCAAUCAACCAAACCACUAUCUUGAACUUGAUUAGCUCAAAGGAUAAUCCUUACACCGACGGUCUUGUGCCAUUUGUCAUCACGGGCAACUCAAGCGUCUACAAUGGCAAGGAACUACCCUAUUUCACCCAGGCACUGGCUGCGAACAAUUUGACGGUCCAUUUGAAUAUUACGGAGGCGUUGCAUGAGUUCGAAGCUUCUCUGUAA